AUGAGCUCAAGGAGAAAAGGUGUGCAAAACCCAGGAGAGGGUAUGUCAAGACAGAGAAACCUCUCAGCAGAAAAGUCUUCUAGGAAGAUUGAAAUUGGAUGGCUUCACUUUGAUAAAAAUGAAUAUCAUCAAGUGAGAACCAACAAUGGUGGAGGAACAAGACACGUAUCUGUAGAAAAAACAUCAACUGUUGCUCAGAUUUUGGAGCUAGGAAAGGAGCUGUUUUUCCCAAAUGGGCACUCAACCAAAGGGCAUACUGAUGACUUUACCUUUGAGGUCUGUGAUUUUAAAAGAAAGCAGAUUCCUUUAGAUGACACAGUUGGCAGACUGUACGAACAAACAAAACUGAAGCUGCUUAGAUUUUACAUUUGCACUAAAGAGGAAGGACCUUCACCAGAUCAGUCUUCAACUGAAGAGGAUUACUGUGAAGCUUCAUCUGUCAGCAUCCCUGAGGGAGCAGGUUCACAGUUGACCAAGGAUGGAUCUCACCUUGAUGUACAUGACUCCAUUACAGAUCCACUGGAUCAUGGACACUCAUCUGACAGUGACAUAAGCCAACAGAAUCUCCCUUUCCAGUUGCAACAAAGACCCAAACGAAAAGCAAUGUCUGAGACUGUGACAGCACAAGGUCCAAGAACAUCACAACCCUUUCGUUCAACCCCAAAAGACAUUGAAACCAUUCACACUGGACAGUGGCAGGACACCAAUGCAAAUAAUCAUGAUUUGGAAGUGCACUGGAAUAAUCUCCAACCUUCUAAUGAUUUCAAUGACUCCAUUGAUAUUGUUGACCUCACUGGAGCAGCCCCUAAUGUCUCCCUACAAACAGAGCCUGAGCACAUCCGUCAAGUUAAUUUUGAUGAGGAACCGGUAGCAGAUGAUGCAGAUACAGUCCUAUGGGAUCCAGAAGAUGACAGCAGAGCAGAUGGAGAUGAGGCAGUUGUAAUCACAUUGCACUACAUCAACAGUGAGGAUAUCACACAGAGUACUGAGAUGAAUGGACUCCCAUUGCCCUCAUCUAAUGACCUGCCUACACUAGCUCUGGAGUCCAUAGAUGGGGAGGCAGUGCAAACUGCACAGCACAGUGGACCGACUCUUUUACCACAAGAUCCAAGCAGCCAGCCUUCGCUAUCAACCUCACCUGACAACCCAGGGAAUCCAGAGAACACGCGCUGUGAAGGGGAAACGGAGCAAGUGCCGAGGCUGAGGCCAGACUUCUGUGAGGCUGAAUGGCAAGCGGUUGGGCGGAUCUGGGUGAAAGGGUUAUUAGACCACGGUGUCAUGCCCGUGAAGCUCUCAAAGGCUUUCAUUUUAGCCUGUAUUCAUGGCAUUGACUCAGUUGAUGUAGACGUCCUGAUGACGUCAUUUUUCAAUUUCCUUCCUCCUGUUGAGAGAUCAGCUGUUGAGAAGGCUCUCCAGGGGACAAUGGAGGAAAGUGAUGAAGAGGAUUUGCUUGACCUCUUUACGAGGAUGGGUUCCCAUUUCCUACCUCCAAAGAACAGCAUGCAAACUGCCAUAGAAACAAUGGCUCACAAGGCUAUUCUACAAGAGCCAAAAUACAUAAUCGAUUGCUUCUCCACACCCAUGGCAGUUUUGCAGCAUAAACUGUCAGACAAAGGAAGUGUAUUGUCUCUGUAUGAGGCAAAGAAGGCCACAGGCAAAAGAGUGUCGCAGCUUUUGGAAACAACAAACAUGGUGCUGUCACAGAGAGAGCAGGCAACCUUUAACCAUCUCCAACGUUACAUAAAAAAUGCUGACCAAACUAAAGCUGAAAAAAUCCUGCGUUUCUGCACUGGUUCAUCUGUCAUAUGUGUUGACAAAAUCAUGGUAUGCUUUAAUGCUGAAACUGGACUAAACAGAAGGCCUGUUGCUCAUACCUGUGGUGCCACCCUUGAAGUACCCUGCACGUACAGCUCUUACCCUGAAUUUCGUACAGAAUUUGACAACAUCCUGUCCAGUAACUACUUUCAAAUGGACAUCCUCUGA